CGUUGCGAUCCGUUGUGCUCUGUUUUUUUUUAUCUCGAAUUGCUUGAUGUGUAUCUGUGUCAACACCACGUCUAUACGUGGCUCUUACUCGAUCAUCAAACAGUAUUUUUUCGAGGAUAAAAGAAUCGUUUGUAAGGUAUCUUCAGUUUGCUCGAAAUAUCCGUUUCUCGAGUAAAUCGCGAAAAUUCGUGAAAUCGAUCGGAAUCGAUGCGAGUCGAGGAAUGACCGUGCACCGGUUGACGCUUUGUUUUGCAGCAAAUGUCAUCGCCUUGUAACACGUGAUCUUUAUGAGGCAACAUCGUGAUACCUUACAGUGGCGUCUCGUGGAUUCACCGUUGAUGCGUUAAAUGAAAAUUCCGAGGGAAAAGUGAUCGCGAUGAAGGAGAAUGAGGAGAAGGAGGAUACGGAGAUGCAAUCUGCGUGCGACGAGCAUGCUAACCUACCGCGCGAGACGAGAAACUUUCAUGCUGUAUACGUACCACCGGACUCCAUAGAUGAAGAUAAAACAUAUAAUAAAGAAGAGUGUGUUCAUAUUUAUCAAAAUAAGGAAGAAGCUUUACAAGUGAUAAAGAUACAUAAGAAAGCUCGUAUGAAAACGUUUAAGAAUCUUGCCGAUGCCGAGGCAUACGUGAAACAUGGACUCGAACUUCCUACCAUAAAGAUAUCCACUGUCGCUAAGACACAAGAGAAACCUAGUAAUUUUAAAGCUCUAAGGCCACAGGAGCUUGUGGGUUUUAAAAAGUUAAUCGAGAAUGGGAAUUUGGAUAAGAUUAAGAAUUACGUAUGGGAGAACCCGAGAUAUUUAAUUAGCAAUGGAGAUACGCCUGCGAUUUUGCAGGUUGGCUCCCGGUACAAUGCGUUGCACAUAGCAGCGAAGGCUAACAAGCCACAGAUAUGUGAGUUCAUAUUGAACACUGUUGGGCAUUCUAAAUUUUUGCAAUUACAUCAUGGAGAGAAGGAGGAGAGAAAUAAUCUGAAUCUCAUGGAGAUCAUGCUGGAUUUGUACUUGAAUACACCCGACAAAGGUCUCAAUGAGACCCCGUUGCACUUUGCCGCUAAAUUCGGCUAUAGGGAUGUAGUACGGGUCCUCGUCUCCUAUUCUCAAUGCAUUAAAACCUUGCAAAACAAGUACGAGCAGAUGCCUGUCGAUGUAAUAUGCACGAGAAAGUGCCAGGAAGAUGAGAAUCUAAAACGUGAGAUACGCCUGUUGUUGGAAGAUCAGUUCUAUGUACCUGUAUUAAGAGCAGAGGGCAAUAUAUGCCCGCCCACAAUCGGGGAACCGUUCUCCCCGACCAGUCCACCCACUAAUUUAAAUAGAGAUCCCAUUAGUCCACGUGUAGAAGUAAGGGCGUUCGCCGGUCCGAUGACAAAGUCGCAGGCAGUAGAGUUUCGGAAAAAGUGGAAAACACCGCCACGUAUCACUCCUAGAAGGGGUCAAGGCGAUGCAUCCUGCGUUAUGAAUAGUCCAAUAGCUUUGAGACUGCAAGAUACGGAAAAAGGAUUGGAAUGUGUUGGAAGAAAUCUUGCUGAAGAAUAUCGUGUGUCUUGGAAGGAGUAUUGGCCCUUUUUGAAAGAUUUCGUCGAUUUCCGGACUGAUAAGGGACUAACAAAACUUGAGGAGUAUUUAGAAGAGAAGUAUAAGGAGCAGUUAUAUUGCUUCAUGAUGAAAAACCUGACUAAUGAUACCGCUACAAAUGCGCGCCAACAGACGCCAGAGAAAAGUUUUAAUAAUGAUAUACAAGACUUGUGUGAUAAAUUACGCUUAUGCUUAUUACUUACUGAGGAUGAGGAAGCUGAGGAAAAUACAGAAUUUUUUACACCUCCGUCGUCGCCAGAACCCAGCCAGGAAGAUUCCGAUGAUGAUAUGCUAAGUGCCGAGGAAGAAGAUGAAGAAGAUUCCAUAAUAUUUAUUGAAGGAUCUUUACCAACGAGAGUAGAUUACGCCGUUUAUAAUGCACUGUCAUCUACAAUUUGCAGCUAUACGUUUCCUAACGUUUAUCGUUGGAGGCAUGAUAUGCAGCUAGCUAUGAAACGUGAUCCAAAUAGGUUUAAGAAUAUGGGACCGUUGCUUAAGAGACAACUAUUCGCAAACAAUUAAAAAUGCAUAACAACCAAGACGAAAUAUUGUUUGCCAAUUUGUAUUGAUUAACGAUUGACGACUGGCUGCUGCUUCUUCUCCCUAGGUCUCACCAUAACGGAGUAUAAUAUAAAGAAAUAAAAUUAGUUUCCACUUCGAGUUAGCGCUAAACUCGGUGCCACUGACGUUGACAAAAGAACGUAACAGUUAGAGUAACAUUGCAUUACACUCCGUGCAAAUUUUUUUAUAUAACGUUUUUGCAACUAGAGCCCUAAUUGUAUUUUAAGUAAGAUAAGAGAAAGAGAUAUAUAUAUAUAUAUUUUGUGACGUUUUUACAAAGGACAUAUAAAAGAAUCUUCACGGCGAGACCUGCGAAAUCAUUACUGUAUUUUUAUUGUUCACUGUUGUUUACAGUUACAAUAAACAUUCAUUACU